AAUUUGAACGUUUUCACUUUGAAGGUCGUUCCGUAACUCCAGUGAAACCAGUUUUCAAAGACAUGCCUCGAGGUCGCAGUGUUAAACGUGGUUUCCGCCCGUCUCAUACGUCGGUCCAAACAAUGCUUGUUACAAGCCAUGGUGAAUGUGCUGCCACAAAUAAAGAUGAAGAAAUGAACGAACUUGAGGAAACCAAAGCAUCAAAAUCUAAUCCACCUAAAUCCAGUUCCAGUAAAAAGUCAGAUGAAUGUGGAGGAGAAGUUUAUGAAGACGAUGAGGAGCUUGAAGAUUUCGAGUUGGAAAACAAUGCCACUGGGAGACGUCUGGUCGAGGGUGAUAUCGAUGUGGAUGAUGCUGAAAGUGAAAGUGCAGAGGAUGAACCUGUUGAAGAAGAACCCGAAGAUACUCUAACGCCUGCUGAAAAAGCCUCACAAAUUUGUCGCCUUCCUGCAAAAGAACUUUCUGCAGAAGAAACUCAACUGUUUCCUUUCCUAGAAAGUUCUUCAAAUUCUUUAAAGGAGUCAUAUAUUGCUGUCCGAAACCUUGCCUGUUUGAUGUGGUCAGAAGACUCGUGUACACAGGUUACGCCUAAUAGGCUAUUUAUAUACGUGGUGAAUAAUAUGUCAGUCGAAAAUCUACGGGUGAUGAUCGAUUCUGGUUUGACUGCUCCUUUACCAGUACACCAAGGAUCUAACUCGUCUGCUUCUUCUGUUUGUGAGGAAAAUAGUUCUUUUGUCGGUCGCGUCAGACAUAGCAAAGAGCUUUCUCGAUCUCUUCAACGCCAUCUAACAAGUUUAACUCUCCCCAGCAAUUACUCACCCUGGGGUACGCCUACUGCAAAAGCGAAUUUGGAACGGAUGACCUAUUUAGUUGUUUUGUUCUUGGAAAGAUAUGGAUAUAUCAACUUUGGCAUAUUUAAAAUUAUAUCUCCACCCUUAACACAUGUGAGCUCAUCUCGUACCGCUGACCCUGCUACCACCGCAGGGUCGCCUAUGGAAAUAUUGGACAAAUCAGAUGUCCAACUAACACCCAGAAGAGCUGCGGCUGAGAAAGCUCUAGCAGCAACACGUCGUGCUAACAAUUCUCAUUCCUCCAGUACAUUACCAGUUAGUUCAUCAUCUACGUCACUGACAACUCCCCAUUUCAUUAUAAUUGGUGCUGGUAUUUCUGGUCUAAUUGCAGCAAGACAACUGACUUAUUUUGGUGCCAAAGUUACCAUUUUAGAAUCUCGCGAUCGUGUUGGAGGUCGAAUAUGGACUUGUAGAAAAGGUGGAUAUCAUGCUGAACUUGGGGCCAUGGUUGUCACAGGUUUAUCUGCAAAUCCUGUAACUAUAUUGGUACGUCAAUUAUCAUUAAAUUUACUUCCAAUCAAUACUGAUUGCUCUUUAUAUGACUCACAAGGUCAUUUAAUAAACCGUGAUCUUGAUGAACAAAUUGAAGAGGAAUUCAAUCGUCUUCUAGGCACAGCUGCUUAUGUAUGCCAUUCUAAAGGAUUGGAUUCAUUAAUUCUUGACUCAGGUGUUGAAAUUCCUUUAUCAUUAGGUCAAGUUAUUGAAUUAUUAAUUAAAUAUCAAGAAAAGCAUAAAAUACAGUUGAAAAUUACACAUCGUAAAUUAAUAUCACAAUUAUUAGAUCGUAAAAAUUCUCUGUUAGAUCAGAUGGUUAUUGAACGUAAAAAUAUUGAAACAGCUUAUGAAAAGUGGCAUUCAGCAUCAAAAGCAUUAAAUAACCAAUCGUCGCCAAAUCGUCACUGUACUCAACAAUCUAAAACACAAAAUCCUACACAAAAUAAAUCUCGUGUACACAAUGAUUCAUCACCAUGUUCACCUCGUUCCAGUAGUACUGAACUAGAUGGAAAACUAGUCUUUGAAUCAGCUUCAUCAAAUGGAUCACAAAAAUCAGUUGAUAACAAUCCGGUAAGAUUAUCCUCUUCUACUGAUAUAUCUCAAUGUCCUUCGUUACCAGUAUUUAAUGUUAGCGCUCAAUUUGAAGUUCGUCAGUUACUUAGUCAUUUACAUGAAGCUUGGAAGAAAUUUCAACCACUUCAAACUGCCCUGUCUCAAGUCAAUAAACAAUUAGACAUAUUACUUCAAGAACCACCGAAAGAUAUGUAUUUAACAAAAGAAGAACGUUCUAUACUUGACUGGCAUUUAGCUAAUUUGGAAUUUGCCAAUGCCACAGAACUGCAUAAUUUAUCAUUACGUCAUUGGGAUCAAGAUGAUUUGUUUGAAUUAAGCGGUGAUCAUUGUGUAUUACAAGACGGUUAUGGGUCAGUAACUGAUAAUUUAGCACAUUAUAUUACAUCUGGUCAGUCAUUAACAGUUGGACUAAAACCCCGUGAUAAUCAUCUUACAUCUGUAACAACAACAACAACAUCGUCAUCGACUUUAUCCACUUAUAAACUUGGACCUGGUCAUAUUGAAUUGAAAAGUACAGUUAAACGUAUUUCUUACUCUAAUACAGGUGUUCAAGUGGAUGUCCUUAAUUCGGCAUUUAGCCAAGAUGAUUUAAUUGAAUAUGAAGCAGAUGCUUUAAUUUGUACCCUGCCAUUAGGUAUCUUAAAAGAAAGUAUCCAACAGGAUAAUGAAACAACCAUGCAUCAAUCACAAAUUACAACAAAUGAAUCAUCUACCAAUUGUCUUACAAAAUUAGUUGUACCACGUUUUGAGCCACGUUUGCCUGAUUGGAAAAUUUCAGCUAUUCAGCGUUUAGGAUUCGGUGUAUUGAACAAGGUAAGAAUUACAUUUAAUAAAACGAUGUAUACAGAGUGAGAUUUUGAUAUUCUUUUCAGGUUGUAUUACUCAUUUUGUAAAUACAACCUUAUGCGAUCAGUUUUAAAUUACACUGGAUACACGGGACCUGAAAAUAUAAAUCGGCUUCUCAAAUCGAAACAGGAGCAAGGAUCGAAUAUGCUACGAGUUUGUUGUUUGAUUACUAUUGUCCUUUUAAUAUUUGUAAGGCAAAGACGAUAAAAACAAUGUUCGUAUUAUUAUCUUGAUUUCGUGACUUCUAGUUUACUAUUCUUCUCCUUUACCUAAUGUUAGCUAUCAUUUUAAAUCUCAGAUCUUAUUUAAUAUUUUCCUUGUUGAGAAAUGUUGACUAACUGAUCAAUGAGUAAGUAACCAACAUUGUUUUAUCAUAGUAGUCUUUUGGUAUUGCUCAGCUAAGCAGUCAUUGUUAAUAACCAGUUUUAAUGACUUGAUAUUACGUUACCACUAUGUUUAAUUUGGAAAAUUCUCUUCUCCAAUCAGAUAACGUUUAAACCUCUUAUUAGAAAAAAACUUGUGUGUUGAGAACAAUUGUUAACUUUACUUCAUCAAUAUGGUUCCAUGUUUAGAGCAUGCUCCAACUACAUCCAUUUUCAAGCGCUAAUCCUUUUUUACAUGAUUGAAAACAUGAAUCAAUGUCUCUACUUGUCAAAUGAGUUACCUAAGUAUGUACUAGUUCGAUUAUUUCAUUUAUUUACUCUUUAUGAACAUUAGUUCCUUUUUUUUGGAAUAUACAAAGGAUCAUUUUAUAAAUUAUGUGUUUUCAUUGUUACUAAUCUAUUUAUAAGUAAAACUUAAUGAAUAGAUGUUGUCUCCUAUAAUUUUAAACGCUGUUGAGUUAUCAGUUUUUUUUCUGAUAAUAAUAUUCAUAUAAUUGACUAAAUUUCCGUGAUUUUUUUCUUGUUAACUGUUAUUUUCACCGCUUUGUAUUAGUUACAAAGUCUAGUUUUUGAUAUAUUUGUUCAUUACUAAAUUAUUUAUAUUAUGUAGCUUAUUCAGAUAUCAACAUCUUAAGCUAUUGCCAUACCAGGUGUAGAUGAAAGCAAUAGGCAGAAGGAAAGCAUAUUUGUUGUAAGAAGUUACAAAAUAUUUACUUAACACAUAUACGUAGUAUUCAAUCGUCCGUUUACAUCUUCCGGUGUAUUCUGCCAUCUGAACUCUUUACUCAUCUGGUCUCCAAGUGUUCUGCUAACGCCGUGCUGUCGAUACUCGGAAACUUUGCCCUGUGUAACAAUCGCUGUAACUUCGGCAUCACGUCCUGCUACACACUAUUUACAAACAUCCUUGUGAGUAGCGUCCAAUAAAAAGGUAGUAGUAAUUUAUUGAACUCAAUCCAUACUUCUACAUAGUUUGAGUGAUUUUAUUGGAUAGUUCGUUUCGCUGUUGAACAGCGUUCUUCCACUCUCCCAUUAUAAUUUUACAUUGGUUGGAAAUGUAUGUACAGAGUUCAAAUGUUUGGUAAAUGAUGAUCCUUCAUAACCGCAGACUAAAUAUUGUCUUCUAAUAUUUCUGUAGCCCAAUGAAACAAGGUACUGGGAGGAUUCAACUAAAUUUUUUUUAUCAGUUUGUGUUGCUCAUUAAAAUGUUUGUCUUUUAUCAUUUUAAUGUAUUCAAUCAUAACAUUACAUCGUUUUGACUGAUUAUGGACAUUACAACGAACUUUGGUUAUCCAGGUUUUCCAUUAUGGUCUAGCUUCAAUUGACUCAUGAACUGAACUAUUAACUCACUAUAAUAUUCACAAAACCCCUUUAUGGACCUUGAUUACUCUGUGUAAAUUUUAACCACAUAAUUGAUCUUAUACAAAAAUAGCUUUAUAAUAACCAUUGGUUUGUCAUACUUAUUCAGUGUGCGUUUGAAAAUCGUAAUAUAUUUAGUAAACAAAUCUAAUUUCAACUUUACUGAGAAAACCAACCUAGGUGUAGAUUCGUUGUCCUGCUGGCAAGUGUCAGUGAACAUGAAUUCAAUGACCAUAUUCACUUACUGUUAAUCGUUUUUAUCUCCUCUUUCGUUCUCUAGGUUGUACUUAUAUUUGAGAGGAGUUUUUGGGAUCGUUCACACAAUUUAUUUGGACAUGUGAAUGAAUCAACAAAUUCGCGUGGUGAAUUAUUUUUAUUCUGGUCAAUUACUGAUAAACCUGUAUUGAUAGCAUUAGUUGCUGGUCGUGCUGCAUGUGAUUUAGAAAAUGAGAAAACUUCACCUACACGACGUCUAUCACCAGGAUCUAAAGGUCAAAACACAUUAGUCAAUAAUUGUGCCACAUCAACAUCUCAUCUAUUAGGUCGUGGACUUAAAGAACCUAUUAUUACACGAGCUAUGCAAGUUCUUCGUGGUAUUUUCACUCAAGAAGGUAGUAAUAGUAGUAGUAUUAGUAACAAUAAUAAUAACAGUAACAGUAGUAAUUGUAACGGAAUGCAUAUUAAUCAAGAAAAGAAGAAAGUUGUUAUACCAAAUCCAAUUGAUGCAUAUGUCACACGAUGGAGAACUGAUCCAUAUUCACGUGGAUCUUACUCGUAUGUUUCUGUCGGAGCCACAGGCGCUGAUUAUGAUAUUCUUGCUGAACCAGUUUAUCACUCUAAUAGUUCCAGUAGUGAAAAACAAACAACAACUCAUGUAUCUCAUCAAUCCCAUGGAAUUGAUGGUAUUUCUAUACCAAUUAGUAAUCCUCGUAUAUUUUUCGCUGGUGAACAUACUUGUCGUUGUUAUCCAGCUACUGUGCAUGGUGCACUUUUAAGUGGUCUACGUGAAGCCGCUCGUGUAGCUAAUUAUUACUUUCCAGGUCAAACACCUGUACGUUCGUCAGGAUUUAAAUUAAAUACUUCACAAUCGACAAAUCUACACUUCUAAAUUACCGCAUUGUUUAUUUAUUUCCCUUUCUCUAGUUUUGUCAGUAUCUUUUCGGACAAAGCUGUAUUUUUCUCCUAUACCUGUACUUGUUCAACUGACUGUAGAUUAACUAUCCCAUAAAUAAUUAUUUUUUACCUAUUAGAUUUUAUUUAUGUGUAUUCAUCUUUAUGGAAUAUCUUUUUUUCUGUAAAAUAUAUUGGUAUACUACCUUUGUGUACAAUUGUGUCAUAUAUUCCAGUUUAUGUGUUGAUAUGUUUGCCUAAUUUCUAUUCGUUUUGUGCAUUGUGUAUGUUUGUAUGGAUCGAAUUUAGUUGUUUUGUAUUAUACGUGAAGUUUUGUCGGUUACUAUCAUUAUUAUUACCUUCUGAAUAUUUCUUGAUUUCUUUUAUUAUGAAUAAUGCAUUCAUUACCCUGUUUUCAUUUAGUAGACAAACUUUAUAAGUUGUGAAAUACGAUGAAUGACAAAUGCUUGUUAUUCAGUUUUGUGUACGGUAUUGUUAUGUCAAACUUACCACUGGUUUGUAAACAGUUACAUACAGCCAUGUUGAUAAUAAGUUAGAACUUUGCAUUCAAAUAUUUGCAUUAUUUAAUUGACAAAUGAACUAACUCUUAGGGUUACUUAUUUUGUAUUGCAUAAUGAUGUGAUGCGAAGUUGUUUUGUGUUCACUUUAACACUAACCUUUUGUAUUUAACUAUGGAUUAUCAUGUAGUUUUGUUCUCUGGCC